AUGGGAUUACAGGAUGUUUUGAGACAAAAUGCGGAAAUCACAGAUUUCUUGAAGCAGCUUGUGGAGAUUCACGCGCAUGCCCUGAAGGAACAAGCUUUAUCGUCGGAGUUAUAUAAGAUUAGAGGAGACAUCCUUAUUUGUUUCAAUGAUCUCUGCAGGUUGAAUGAAAUGCUGAUAGCGUGUGACGGUGAAAUCAAGGAAGAAAUAGAUGUGCUGAAGCGUGCAAAGGCAAAGUUUCGCAAAUUGGGCCAAAAAGAGCAGCUCUUGGCGAGUGAAAGAGGAAAGUGGGCGGAAGUGAAGGAGAAUGCUGACAAAGUGACACUGGAUACUACUGCUAGCUCGACGAGUUCUGUAAGCGUUAGUUCCAACUAUCGUCCCUUCCUGGACCAAUAUAUAGAAUUGGUUGGGGCGCAGCAGACCACAUUGGCACAAGAAGAUACCGAUUCCCUUGCAGAAGAGACUGAGGAUGAUCCAAAAAAACUCAUUGAGUCUGUUCAAUUACUCGAGAAGUGUCAUUCUGAUAAUUUAAAGGACAUUCAGAAGCUGGAGCAGCUGAUGAAAACGUUUAUGCGUGAUCGGCAGUUCGUUGAAAAAGAAUUGAAAUUGCAAAACGGUAAAAUACGACGUAACACAAGACACUGGGAUGAAGAGUUGAAGAAGGUAAGACAGUCUAGGGAAAAGGUUUUGGUGAGAGUUGGUCUUUUAUCAAGUGAUUUACAGGAAUCUUCCUUAACAAAAAGAUUUUUUAAUUUUAAUUUUACCAAGGGUAAAGAUGAAAAGCUGCAAACUGAGGUGUCCGACAUCACAAGUCAUUUUAUGGAAUUCACCGAUAUGAAAAUAUUUUCAUUGCAAGAUCAACUGACUCACAAGAAGGAAGACUCUUCUCGUCUUACAAAUCGAAGAAAUAUAUGGAAUGAUUGUAUGCAAUGCGUCAAAAAUUUAGAAGAUCAACUAAGCUUUGCAUUAUCCAACAGUGACGAUUUAGUUGAUUCAUCAUCCAAAGUUAUAACUUGGCUCAGAGAAGCUAUUGAUUAUUUAAAUAAUCUCGUAAGAGCAACAGACUUUGAACUUUUGACAAAACUUGUUAAUAAUGAGAAGGAGGUCAUUGAGAAGGCCUAUAAUGAAUUUCCUAAAAGUGAAUUGAAAAAAACACUAAUGCCAAAUACCAUUUCCCAUUCUUCCUCACCUCCAAGACACCAUCCGACUCCACCGUUUUCUGUGGCGAGUAAGUCACCACCAAAAAUCGGAAUUUCUGAACUUACGGUCAACUUAACAAGUAAUGAGAACGCUUACGAAUUGAGCAAUAAAACUUUGAUGAAAAAUAAGUCAAAAAAAAAGGAUUAA